GGUAUAUGAUGUGUACAUGUAGUGAGUCAGUGCCGUGGGUGUCAUGACAGAGGUGGAGCUCAUGCAGGACAUGCCCCAGCAAAGUCAUCAUCAGUCCAUCAAAUGUGAUGUGAAGCAGGUGUGCGAUCAGGAGGACCAAGUGAACGCCUGCCCGAUUGACAGUGGGAGCAAGCUGGAGAUUCCAAGCAUUGUGGUGCAAGCAGGACAGUCUCCGCCUUCCAGUCCACGUGACCCGUCGCCAUUGGUGCAGCACCAGCAGUCCAUUGGCAUGCAGUCCUCAUCAACGCCGCCAUCUUCCAGAGUAAUGAGCCCAGGCAGAUCACAUCCUCCCAACAGGAGUCUCCACCAGAAGGGCCUCAUAAAACAGAGGGGUGUCACGGUGGAUGAAGAGGACUGGAGCUGGAACCAGCCAGAAGAAUAUCCCACCAUGGCGACCACAUUAAGGGCCAUGAGUCUGGAUUGCGAUGCCCACAGUCACAAUGCCAAUGAGCCGCCUAAGCCAUCAAGCCCCGACCCUGACUCCAAUCAACACCUGCACCAUUCUUGCGACAGCCUCAGAACCAGACCCAAACCCAGAAACAGCAAGAUGAGAUUGUUGGUGAGGAGUGCAGCAAUGCGGGAGGCCACUAGUCCGCCGCCAGAGGUGAACCACUCAUCCUGGUGCCAGCACGAGCUACCACACAAAUCCAAUUUCCGGGGCCACAAGUUCCGCCAGGGCAGCUCCCAAAGUGCUGGCAGCAUCAACGAUUCGUUACCAUCUCUUUCCCGUGAUAACAGUGUGGAGCAGUACAAGGAUUUCGCCGGGAUGAGCAGCCAGGAGCUGGAAGACUUCAUCGCAGAGACUUUGCACCGGAGUCCCAAGGAUCGGACAACCCUGCUGAAGAUAGAGGCGGAGCUAGUGAGCUUUGCCCGCGACGAGGCGCGGAGCAGCUACAAGUUCCCGCCCAUGUCGUCGUACCAACGCAUGUUGGUGCAUCGCGUCGCCGCCUACUUCGGCAUGGCGCACAACAUCGACGCCGGCGGGACGAGCGUCGUGGUGGAGCGCACCAAGUCGACCCGAGUGCCGGACAUGAAGUUCCGGGACCAGAUCCAGCCGGAAGUGCCGUGGACUUGUCCCCACUUUGACCCGACCAGAGCAGUGCUCAAGAAGGACUCGGGCGGCUCUUUGGACGACUACAAGUUGUCGUCCUCAGCUGCAGACCUCAACAAGCAAUGGUCUGAGUCGACUGAGUCGUCUUCCGAGGGUGUCACUCCUGCGCAUCCGCAUCCGCCGCCACCGAGACCCUUCAAGGUUGCCAGUGUGGACUCGGACCCGCUGUUGGCCCCGCCCUCGUCGUCGUCGGCGGAGAAGCGGACAGGCACCAUGGCCAAGGCCAACAGCUUCGGCGGCUACUCCAGCCAGCAGCGCUACUCCGCACGCCUCAUCUCCAAGCAGGACUCCGUGGGCAGCUCCACCAACUCCUACCUCAGUGCCAGCUCGGGAUACAAGUCCUAUCGGGGCACGUCCAUCGAGACACGGACCCCGUCGCUGGGCAGCGGCCUGCUCUACUUGUCUGCCAAUGCACAGACGCAGACCCACUCUCUGUCGAGUCAGGGUCCUAGUCCCGACAUCCCCGAGUGCAUCCACGAGACGCCCGGGCCGCAGGCAGGAGAGGAGGACGAGUACGAGCCGGAAGUGGCCCGGGCCAUGGGUAUUCCGGACCCCGACCUGGACGGCAACAGUCAGACGCAACCCGUUGUCUUGCCCGGGGUGAUUGUUACCAGCACCAACACCGCCAACAACCUGGUGAGCCAAUGGACCGGCGUCUUGUGGGCGCUGUCCUCCUUGGACGAGGUCCCCGCGGGUGCUAUUCUCAUCAACCCUCAGACCGGAAAGCCGCUGGUGAAUACAGAUGGCAGCAUUUACAAGUUCGACAAGAUGAACCCACCUCAGGUGAUCGCAGCCACGGCUGGUCCGCAGGCCGUGGCCCUGGGCCCUGCCCAGCAGGUGGUGACCCACCUGCAGCCGAUUGCCCCCGCGGGACACCAGUCUGCGGCCAUGUCGCAGCACAUUAUGGAGCCCAUGGCUGCCUACGCCGCAGUGCCGAGCGGCACUCAUCACGUGCAGCACCAUCAGCAAAUGUACAGUGGUUACCAGACCGGGGCGGCGGCGGCUGCAGCAGCCGCGGCGGCGCUCGGGCACCACGCCCUGCUCGCGUAUGCCCACCCUCAACAGCAGCAGCGCCAGCCAGUGCCGUCCUACCACCACCUCCCGACUGCCAACACACCUGGCCCGGGCAACAGCAUGCUUCCACAGUCCGGCUCUGUGUCUGCGCGUCCACUUCAGCUGGACAAUACUGCGGCUGCG